AUGUUCGACAUCGACCCGGAUAUCCCCGGACCCAUUGUCUCCGAUCCCUUGCUCAUCUCGCUUGGCUACGAUGUGGUCAUGCACGAAGCACGUCGCCUCGUGAAAUGGCGUUCGGACGCCGUUAGGGCGGCAAACAUUGAUUGCUUUGAGAGAGAAUUCUACGGUCCGUCAGGGAAGCUUGGGCAAGGGUGGGAGUUGACGGUAAGGGAGCAAGUUGAACCAGACCGCGGGCUAUGGAAAACGAUCGAUAAUCUGGAGGCAUGGCUGAAGCAAAGGAAGAUUAUCGGGCGAGAAUUUAUCUGGGUGACGAAGUUGCGGGAGGAGCGAGGUAUGGUGCCUUGA